AUGGGUUCCUGGAAGCGUACCGGAACACCGAAAAACAAAUAUAAAGUGAAACGAAACGAGGAUGGAAGCGUAAAGGAAAUCACUAACGUGACCGAAAGCCAUUCUGAAGAUCGAGAUCUAUAUACUCUAAAGAGAAUAUACUACGUGAAUAAUUCCAGCAACGAUGUCCGGAAAGUUAUAUGUACAUUGUUAGGUAAGUUAGAAAAAUAUAAACUCCAUUGCUCAUAGUUUAGUGAGUAUAGAAUUUAUUAGCCAAACUCCAUUGUUGCAAGCAAUGGCGUUCCGCUAAUAUAAGCAGAUAUAAAUAUACAUUGAUACGCGGAUAUAAAUAUGAUUUUCAUAUUAUUCUUUCAAUUUAGAUUACCGAGACAACGUGACCAAAUACACACUCGUCCAGUACCUUUUUAAAGGUAAUGAGCAUGAAGUAGAUGUUAUUUUACCGCACGGAAACUCGAAGCAAAAGAUACCAUGCCAUCGUAUGUUGCCAAGUACAAGAGAAGCACUCAAACGCUCAGAUCCGAAGGAAACACCAAAAGAAGUGAUUGAUAGAGUAUACCGUUCUGUUGGAGAUGUAACUCAAGCACGGAGUAUAGGAGAACUGCCAAGAGGUCCAGCCGAUAUAUAUAAUGCUAGAUUUUCAUCAAAGGCAUCUAAUCACAACAAAGUUGAUGGAAUUAACGGAAUAUGGGCCCUUCUCGAAAAAGCGAAACAGGAAGAAGGAAUAAGCAGUGACGCUGUGUUCAUCCGAGAAUGUAGAGUGCAUCCUGAUUUUCUGGUCGUUCUAGCAAGUAAUCGUCAGCUUGAAGAUCUCAAACGAUUUUGCACCAAUCCAAAUGAUUUCUGCAUCUUUGGCGCUGAUCCCACAUUCAACAUCUUUGAAGAGAACAUUAGUUUGACUGUUACCACCUACAGGAACUUAAAACUAAAUCAGAAAUCCACCAAUAAACCACCAGUUUUUAUCGGUCCAUUGCUAAUGCACCAGCACAAAGAUUGGAAAACGUAUUCCAGGUUCGCAAAUCUUCUUACGACUGAAUGUCCAGAACUUGAAGGCAUGUUAGCAUGCGGAACAGAUGGGGAACGGGCUCUUAUUGACGGACUGAAACGCAAUUUUCGCUUCGCAUUGUUUCUGAGAUGUUUUAGUCAUUUCAGAGACAAUUUAAGAAGAGAGCUUACGAAAAGAGGUCUUCCAUCAGAUAUCGCCAGAAUCUUCAUUUCCGAAAUAUUCGGCAAACAAGAAGCAACCACGAUGUACCAGGGACUGGUUGAUUGCAACACGGAGGAAGAAUUUGAUACAAAAUUGUCCAGUUUGCAGAAAAAAUGGGAUGAAAGAGAAUCGGAAUAUGGUCGACCGAGUGAUGGCGGGUCCACCUUUUAUGAGUGGUUUGUGAAAGAAAAGGUAGGUAUAUCAAAUAUCUCAUUUUAAACAUUAAUGUUUAUUUUUAAAAUUAUUUCGCCAAUAAACUCGUAGAUGGAUCGUUUUUUAAACCACGAUGCAACAUUAUUUCAUCUUAAAAAAAGUGAAAAAAUUAACUUUAAUAUUGUAUGUCACACUUGUUCUUUUACACUCGGAUAAAACGACAUAAUUAGUGUAUGUAAUUGUAUGGGGCCGAGUAAAAUUAAGGUUUAAUUUCACUUGUAUUUUCAAAGUUUUUUACCAAUUUGUAAAACUUGGAAAACAAGUGAAAGGAAACCGAGCAGGGUGAAAAAAAAAGAUUUCAAACAGUUAUUAUAAAACUCAUAUGCAUUAGUAUUCGGGCUUCAUAUAAAAGUCCAUCAGUGUUCUUUAUACAAAGAUUAAUAAUGAAACGGCAUCUAUUGUAGUUGUUUUUGAAGCUAUUCAAAACACUUGUUGACGUGUUUUAUCAUAUCUAAAAUGUUCGUGCUGCGCACUAUGUAUAGAGAGCCGUAACUAAUCUGAUAAUUGGAGGGGCAUAUUAAAUUUAUUAAUAUAUUCGUGUUCUGUCCGACGGAUUUUUUGGAUUUCUUUUGAAAGCGAUUGUUUUGACAGUAUGUGAACAUGAAUAUAUGAAUAUGUCCCCCCCCCCAAUUAUCGUGUUUACCUACGACCUUGACUACUUACCUGGCAGUCAGUGCUACUUACUGUUUAAUAAACGAGCAGGAGAUUUUCAAAAUAGUUUAAAAAGUUAGAUUUUCGAAAAAAGUUAAAUUAGGUUUAGAUUAAGGUUACCGUUGGGGUUAGGAGUUAAUGUUAUGGGUUUUGUGCCACAAAUUUAUCAUAAUGAUAAAUUCCGACGUGUUUAACAAUUUACUCAGGUAGUAAAUUCAAAGGUGGAGCUCAUGCUGAAUUGUGUGCAUCGUUUUUAACGAGUAGAACGUUAUACUACUAAUAAAAAGUUAAAAAAGGUGUCGUCAUAAAACUUAUCAGUAUCGGUUUAUUGUUGUGUAGGCAAACGAUGUCAAAACAUCAAUGUUGAAGCCGGUAAGAAUGGAAGCUGGGCUGGGCGAUCCUCCAAAAGAGUACUUAAAUAAUGACCCCGAAUCGGCAAAUUUUAUUAUAAAGCAUUCGCUUCACUUCGAUCCAAAGAAGCCACAAGAAUUCAUACAAGAGGUAAAAAAGAUCGUUGAAACCCAAUAUCGUAAUGAAGAUCGUGCCGUAUUUGGAAAAGGCAUGUAUAAA